AUGAGCGUCACACAUACGGUGCUCUUCCAGUUCAAAGCCGAUGCCAAGCCCGAUGACAUCAAAGCGGCUUGCGGUCGCUUUCUAGCUCUUAAGGACAACUGCAUUCACCCAACUACCAACACGGUCUACAUCAACUCACUGAAGGGUGGCCAGGACAACUCCCCAGAGGGACUCCAGAAUGGCAUUACCCAUGGGUUUGUGGUCGAGUUCAGUUCUGUGGAGGAUCGGGAUUACUACGUCAAGACGGAUCCUGCCCACCAAGCUUUCAUCAAGAGCCUGGACGGGCUGGUUGAGAAGGCAAUUGUUGUUGAUUUCAACGAUGGUGUGUACUGA